AUGGCUAAGGAUAGGGCAACCAAGGUCGAGGCGGCCAAGAGGGAGAAGAAGGUCUCGGAUGACAAAGUGACCAAGCUGCACCAGACCAAGAAAACGAUGAGAGAUGAUAGCGAAUCUACCUCGAGCUCAGACUCGGAAUCAGAUUCGGAAUCAUCCUCAGGCUCAGGCUCAGACUCCGACUCCGACGAGGCAUCAGACUCGGAGGACGUCGAUGUUCCGGCCAAGCAAUCGAAAGCUCCCGUCGACGUCGAACCCAACUCCCUCUUCACAAUCGACACCAACCCGUCCAAAUCAACGUCCAAAUCCGCCGCCCCUGCCGGCGCAGUCGAGGCCGAGGGCGCCGGGGAUGCUACGAACGAGGCCACCGAGGCCGGCAGCGGCGGGAAACCCAACCGGGCGGCACGGCGGCGGCUGGCGCUGAUCGGCAAGCAGCGCGAGGCGCUGCGCAAGUCGCUCAAGAUCGAGCCGGGCCAGGACUCGGCGGAGCUGGAGGCCGCGGUGCGCGAGUACGUCGAGAAGCGCGACGGGCAGUCGGCGGCCCGGGCCCAGAAGCGGGCGCAGCGCAAGGAGAAGGAGGCUGCGCGGCUGCGGAACAAGCGCGGCAAGCUCCUCAAGGGCCGCAAGCUGCGCGAGCGCAAGAAGCAGAUCGACAGGAUCGAGAGGAAGGCCAAGAGGGACGCCGAGAAGGCCACGGCGGCGUCGGACUGA